UUAAAAAAAAAACACAAAUGGAACAUACAAAACCCAUCCUACAAAUUGAAAAAUAAAAGACGAUUCCAUAACAAAAUGGUUAAAAAGUAUAAACAAAUCAUCCUUAGAGAAAAAUGCAAAUAACCAGGGAGCAGAUGGAAAGGACACAGCGCUUUGAACGACAAUGAGAUGACAGACAGUUCAACCCAAAACUGCCGAGGUUUACAGUCUCAAGUAUGGGCCGGCUAGGAGCCCAGCUCCUGAUGUCGGGGGGAGGGCUAAUGAGUUGGAGCCAUCGAGGGAGCCUAUACUCUCGGCUGCCUGAGUGGAGGGUGUGCAGAGCGCUUCAUCUGGCAGUUCAGCCUCUAGGAAUCAUCUGGAAGAAACACGUGCAUGUGGCCCAGAUGACCAUCGGGAGGACACUGGCUUGAAAUGGGACCGCACACACAUCUGGAGAGUCUCACUGGUCACUGCUUCUCGCUCCCUCUGCUGGACCCCGGGCUUGGUCCUGACCCUGCUUGGCUCUGUUCCCACACUCUCUCCUGCAGCAGACCCUGGCCAGGCCUGUGCUCCCCGUGUGCCGGCGCUGAGACGCGCUGUGGUGACGCAGCAUGCCAGACUUCAGAAGCUGAGGCCAGAGACUCUGGUUGAGAUGGUCCUUGGUCUCCCACCAUUUGCUCCCGAUGGCUGAUCUAGCACCUGGCCUCCGCUGGGUUCCUGGGGUGCCAGUGGGUGUGCACGUGUCCUGAGUUGGGGCCCCAGGGCCCCAGGGGCUCUGUUCUGUGCGGGCCAACGUUCUGGCUCAGGUUGGCAGGGAGGGCAGCCCAGAGCUUACAGGUGGCCAAGCCGCCAGUACCCUUUCCUCUAGAUUCCACACUCACAGGGGCCUCUGCUCCUUAGGACGUGACUUCAGAAGACCCCGUGACCCUGCCCUGGGAACUGGACAGCUGGCAAAGUCCAUGGUGACAGGGCGAUUGGGCCGUCACUAUGGUGAUGGGGAUGGAGGCCUUUGCCAUCAGCCCAGUUUUCUGCAUGGCAGCUCUAAUGACAGGAUGGUUAGCCGUGCAGAGGCCGGAGGCCGCCAGCGCAGGGGCCCUGCUCCUGGUUGCCAUGGCAGCGCAGGCCCUGUUGGGGAGCACAGAAGGCCCUGUGGGGGGACUCCCCACUCCACACCUGGUUGGAGCAGGAAGUGGUGGGUGGCCCGGAGCCCGGGGAAAGCAGGUUGGGGUGUGAGGGGGACACAGUCACCAACAACCUAACUACAUAAGAGUUGUCCCUGGCCACGGGAGGGGAGCAGACCCUUUCUGCUGAGUCUGUCCAGCGGACACUGUGCCCCAUAGCACGGCACAGCCCGGAGAGAAGGCUGACCGGCUCUGGCUAGCCCCGGCCUCCAGCAGUGGCCGGACGGGCCUUGGUGGGGAAGGGUCCCAGCUGCGUCCCUGAAGAGAAGCCUCACCGGCUUGCUGGUCAACAAUGAAAAGGAGGAAACUCUAUGCCUGAAGCUCAAGCCAGAAGCCAGUGGCGAGGUGGGCCAGAGGCUUCCUUCGGAUCCUUCCUUGGCUUGGGGUCUUUCUGCUUCGGAAGCUGUCGGGGAACGCUGAGGGGUCCCAGCUCACCUGAGCGGGCCGCUGCACAAAUGCUGGAUGACAGAGCCAGGAUGGACGUCACCAAGAAGGAAAAGGCCGAGCAGAUCCUGGCGGACUUCCAGCUGCAGGAGGCGGACCUGAAGAAGGUGAUGCGGCGGAUGCAAACAGAGAUGGCGCGGGGCCUGCGGCUGCAGACCCACGAGGAGGCCAGCGUGAAGAUGCUGCCCACCUACGUGCGCUCCACCCCAGAGGGCUCAGAAGUCGGGGACUUCCUCUCCCUGGACCUGGGCGGCACCAACUUCAGGGUGAUGCUGGUGAAGGUGGGGGAGGGCGCGGAGGGGCAGUGGAGCGUGACGACCAAGCACCAGAUGUACUCCAUCCCCGAGGACGCCAUGACCGGCACCGCAGAGAUGCUGUUCGACUACAUCUCCGAGUGCAUCUCCGACUUCCUGGACAAGCAUCAGAUGAAGCACAAGAAACUGCCCUUGGGCUUCACGUUCUCCUUUCCCGUGAGGCAUGAAGACAUCGACAAGGGCAUCCUCCUCAAUUGGACCAAGGGCUUCAAGGCCUCCGGAGCAGAAGGGAACAACAUCGUGGGGCUCCUCCGUGACGCCAUCAAACGGAGAGGGGACUUCGAAAUGGACGUGGUAGCGAUGGUCAACGACACAGUGGCCACCAUGAUCUCCUGCUACUACGAAGACCGCCGGUGUGAGGUCGGCAUGAUUGUGGGCACAGGCUGUAACGCCUGCUACAUGGAGGAGAUGCAGAACGUGGAGCUCGUGGAAGGGGACGAGGGCCGCAUGUGCGUCAACACUGAGUGGGGCGCCUUUGGGGACUCCGGGGAGCUGGACGAGUUCCUGCUGGAGUAUGACCGUGUGGUGGACGAGAACUCCCUGAACCCCGGCCAGCAGCUGUACGAGAAGCUCAUCGGCGGCAAGUACAUGGGCGAGCUGGUGCGGCUUGUGCUGCUCAAACUCGUGGACGAAAACCUGCUUUUCCGUGGGGAGGCCUCGGAACAGCUGCGCACGCGCGGCGCUUUCGAGACCCGCUUCGUGUCGCAGGUGGAGAGUGACUCUGGGGACCGCAAGCAGAUCUACAACAUCCUGAGCACUUUGGGGCUGCGGCCCACGGCCACCGACUGCGACAUCGUGCGCCGUGCCUGCGAGAGCGUGUCCACGCGUGCCGCGCACAUGUGCGCCGCGGGGCUGGCGGGCGUCAUCAACCGCAUGCGCGAGAGCCGCAGCGAGGACGUGAUGCGCAUCACCGUGGGCGUGGACGGCUCGGUGUACAAGCUGCACCCCAGCUUCAAGGAGAGGUUCCAUGCCAGCGUGCGUAGGCUGACGCCCAGCUGCGAGAUCACCUUCAUCGAGUCGGAGGAGGGCAGUGGCCGGGGCGCGGCCCUGAUCUCCGCGGUGGCCUGCAAGAAGGCCUGCAUGCUGGGCCAGUGACCGCGGAGGCCACCAGGCAAGGAGGAGGCAGUGGCUCGCUGGACCUGGGCCCCAGGGGAUGUGCUCCCCACGGAUGCCCCCACCCUCGCCCAGGAAAGAGGUCUCUCUUUGUGAGGACCGUGGACGCCUCCCAUCCCCACUGCCUCCCCAAAAGAUGGGGAAAGGCCCACGGGGGAUUUCGGGGCCCCCCGGGAGGCCUCUUGUCUCAGAGGCGGUUGGUGGGACAGCCCCUGGCCCUAACUGGGUUUUGGGCUGAGGUAAGCAGGCAUGGAUGGAGACCCCACAAAGUCCUUCACCUGUGUGAUGGAAAUCAAGGACCCGGAAGAGAGUCACUCACUCAAGACUUGGCUGCAUGUCCACACUGCCUCCUCUGGAGCCUUCAGCCUGACCCAGCCUCGCCCGGGGCCUGCUCUGGACACCCCCCCUCUCCUGCCUGGGAACUCAACCCACUGGGGAGGCAGCUGACCUGGCCAGAUCUAGAAUGGGGUUCCACAGGGGACCAGAGGCUGCUGGCACCCAGGCCUGGCUGUUUUCAUGCCUGCUGGGAACCAGGAAAUGGGAGAGGACCAGCUCCACCCUGGAGGCUGCUUGUACCCCGAGGCCUGGAGAUGGUGGCCUUGCUGCUCUCCUGCCACCAUCCAUGAGUGGUUUGUGGCUCUGGGAUGGACCCUUCCAGCUGGUGCAGGACACAGAGCCCCUAUAGCCCCUGUGUGCCCAGAGGGACCCAGGAUGAGGAGGACCUCUCCCCUCUCACCCCCGAGCAGGCCUGGGAGCACCUCUGUGAUGGGGUCCUGGGCUCCCACAGGGCUGACGGGGAAAGAGAGGUCAGCACUCCGCACGCAAGGGGCCACCCAGGCUUCUCUUUUCUCACCAGACCUCUGUGCGCCACACCAAGCUCCGACACCCAACC